AGAAUUUCGUGCCUCCGAGGAAGACGCGCCCCAUAGUGGUUUUCCGAUUCUGAUCAACAUCUAGCGAAAUUUUACAGAGGAGCUCGCUUUCUUGAUGUUUUUUGUGUGCGACUGUGUGCUCGAAGGAGUCCGCGUCCGAGGUAAGCAUUUGUAGUGACGCGGGGCGACGUCAAAAUGCAAAGGUGCGCCAUGUCGCCCAGCACACGCGCGUUGUUUGUCGCUCCAUGCAGCCUGCUUGUAUCCGUGUACUUCCGCACCGUGUUGCUUUCCAGUUCUGAGCUAGUGGUGGAGCUGCUGCGCGAAAAGGACCAAAAUGCAGCUGCCUCGUCUUCUAGCCGGCUCUUCUACUACGCGCACGCGGCCCGAGCGGAGUUCUCCUACGAUCCCAACGCACCCUUGUCGCCGGACGAAAUUUCGUGCACCUCUCGUUUGGGUUCCUUCGUGCUCGGAAGCACCUCGACCGAAGACAACCUCAUGGAUGAAGAGUACCGCGCCUGCAGGCAGCACCUCCUCACCGCACACUGGCGCACGAAUCAUUUCCCGGGCUCCGGGUACGAGUACCAGAGCGGGGAUUGCGCGUUCUGGGGCCAGAUUGCGCUGCCCGACCGCCACUUCCACAACACCCUGAGCUUCGACCUCCUGAGCCGCUUCCGCCUGGACCGAGCGUUGCGCAAGCUGCCUCCGUCUGGUGCGCCGUCCCCGUUGGAUCAGGACGACAAAAAUGCCGCGAACGCUCCAUCGCAAACGAAGUUGCUUUCGGUCAGUGCUGAGCCCCCUUUCUACGGCCUGCCAGAGGCGGUAAGAACGAUGGUGUACAUUGGCGCGUUCAAAAAUGGGACGGACGGUGUGCACUUUGCCCGGCUAGAUCCCGACCUCGAGGUGCACUUCUUCGAGCCCAGUAUGGGCUUUUUCCAGCAUCUCGUGCACCAUGUGCUGGGAUUGGCGGAAAGACCCGAACAAGACACAACUUCUACAUCGUGCGGCAGCGCGGAAGAAGCUCUCGCAGGUGGGACGACCUCGUCGCCAAAGUGCAGCCCUCGCACUGCAGAUGAAACUGUAGAGAUAAUGGACAGCACUAGUACAAACUCCGAGGACGUCGUGCCACCCUUGAAAAAUCCCAAGCGGCUCUUUUUCCACAACUACGGCGUGGGGCCCACGACAGAACUCCUGCGGCUGGCGGUGUCCGGGGAUGGCUCCAGCGUGGUGGGCGAAGAGAAACGGACCGGCGAGGAAGAGGAAAACCAAAAUUCAGAUAGAACAAACUCACCACCAGGCUCGCCGGCGGGCACAGAACAAGAUGAAAAUUCCGCGACAGCUGCACGCCGGAAGGCCGCGCGAGCGGAGGCUGCGAGUCGUACGGCGUCCACCACCGAGUCCAUCGUGGUGCGUUCCGUCACCGAAACUUUUCAGACGAUUGAACGCGUUACGGACACACCGCUCAAGCAGAUGUUCCUCCUGCAUCUGAACUGCGAGGGGUGCGAGUACGACGUGCUUCCCAGCUUGAAUUUUGCCACGCUCGCUGCGCUGCCGCACAUCCAGUUUGCCACCCACAUCGUGUCGAGCGUGCAGGGGGACGCCAGCGAAUCGCCCGCGGUGGUGCCGGUGGCCCGCCGCAUCUCUCGGUCCAUGGCGGGCUACUGCCGGGUGCAUGAGCGCCUGGAGCUGACCCAUCGCCGCGUGAUGGGGUUGCCCUUCGUGUGGGAGCGCUGGGAGCGCCGUUGCCAUUGGCACAAUUUGGACGUCGCGCAUCCACCGACGACCAACGGGGGCCGCAUAUUGAAAAUUCCUGUACCCGUCGUGACAGGAAGGAGUAGCCAAAAGGAUAACAUUGUUGUUCUCGACAAGACGGACGAGUUUGACCAGAACCUACGCGACGAAAAUCCGGGGAGCGAGCCGUUCGCGAGGGGCGUGCUAUGCAUUGCAAAUAUGUCUGGUUCUGGAAGGUUGCAACUUGUGAUGCUGUCUCUGCAUGCUAAAAAAAUCUGUCUUGCGUGACCAGCUGCAAGAGGGGUUCAGUUUGUGCUAUAUGGAGAGGGCAUUUCUAAUGCGGAAUAGGCAUCAGCAACCCCUCUAAAAAUCUGUGAUGCUGGGUUUAUGCAUUACAGAGGUCAUGGGUCACGUAAAAUGAAAAUCUGCAUGACAAGUCUUACACUCACUCUUCCAGACCCAGACAUAUUUGCGUUUGAUACGUCCUGGUCAUGAGCUAUGUCUACGAAGCUUUCGUAGCUACGUGCGGCAUGACGGUGUGUGCGAUGAAAACAGCCAACGAGCAAGAAGGGGACGAGACGAGUGAAGACCACGUCGUCGGGUUCGCGUUUCGAGAAGCAUUGGAGGAGGGAGACUCGAGGAGGUGCUAUGCCAUUAUCGCGAGCAGCGCAUCCUCUUCGCCUUCUUCCGCGACACCGACUGAGAGCACCAGUAGUACACAUGGUCUGCUGGACUACACACACACUUUCCUCUAUUCUGAAGCGGAAGUAGAAGUAGCCUCAUCAUUAACGAAUGCGAUGAAAAUCUCCGCCCCGUGA